AUGGAUUGGUUUCAUUGCAACCGUUGUUUCCGCAAAGAUGGGGCCCAUUUCUUUGUCACCAGCUGUGGCCAUAUUUUCUGUAAACACUGUAUGACUCUGGAAAAAUGUGCUGUUUGUGGUACUCAUUGCAAGUAUCUGGCUCUUUCUGAUAAUCUGAAACCUCAGGAGAAAAUGUUCUUCAAAAGCCCUGUGGAUACAGCUUUGAAGUAUUUUAGUCAUAUCUCUCAGGUGUGGCAUUUCCAGAAGAAACAAACAGAUCUUCUCCUCGCCUUUUAUAAACAUAGAAUUACAAAAUUGGAAGCAGCCAUGCAGGAGGCAAGGCAAACAAUGGCCAACCAGAACAAAGAGCUGUCAAUCUUAAAAAAGGAGAAUGGAGAACUAAAGAAAUUUCUAGCCAUUCUAAAGGAAUCUCCAGUUCAGUACCAAGGAAGCAGAUUGACCACACCCCGACUAAUGGGCAUUACUUCCCCAUCACAAUCAGUUACUCCACGACCCAGUUCCCAGCAUAGCAGCCAAGUAGUCAGUCGGCCCUCUUCGGUGGAGUCCAUUCCUUACAGAGCAACUGUCUUUGGUAGUGCGGGACAAGGAGGCAGAGGCCUGCAGGAAAGGAGCACUCCCAGAAACUCAUAUAUUGAAACCCCUUCACCAGCUUCAACUCAGAGCCUGUCUUACAGACCUUCAUCUGCCUCCUUUGGACAGGGGAUUUCUUCUGUCAGAACAUUCUUAAAUGGGAAUUCUGACCACCCAAGAGUCCUCACCCCCAACAGUUCUAGUCAGAGAGAGAGCAGAACCACACUUGAGAAUCUUCCUGCUUUCCAGCUACCAGUCCUGCAGACGCUGUACCAACAAAGGCAAGUGGGAUUAGCCAGGGAGAAAGAUGUAUGGACCACUCCCCGAUAGACCAGCUUUCAGGUGGGAUGGGUACAUGCUUCUUAGAGAUGGCCAAUAGCCAUUAGGAAACAUGGCUUUGGAAAAGAUGCUCCUACUCUCUUUCAUGGUUUUACUCUGUACUUAUUCCCUUUUGAUCUUUGCCUCCUCUAUUCUAUCUUACCACUCAGGAAUUCGGUCAAGUCUUAUGUAAGAAUACAGGAAGAUGUUUAUCCCCCAAAAUAUGUAGCUCCUUUCAUUUCUUACAAUUUGAAACUAAAGUUGUAAAAAUAAUUCUCUGUAUCAUGCUUGGAGUUGGGAGAUUGACUAACAUUCUCAUCAGCUAUUCAUUUCUGGAUUUUCAUUUUUUAGCUUUGAAUUAUUAUCCCAUUACCAAUGUUAACAAGGAACACUCGUUUCCUUUUCCUAAUUUAGUAUACUCUAUUUGUCUAUUGUUUCCUCUAUGCUUAGUUAGUAUUAAAUAUGUUGAUUUUCCUUUGUCAAAACAAUAGUUGGAGAAACAGGUUCUCAGCAUACUGAAGUGUAUAAAUAAUAAAGAUGUCCUUUAUGAAUGUUGCAACUUGAUUGUUAUUAGAAGCUCUACAACUAUGGGAUGUAAAAGUGGAGUUACUCCCAAGCUUGUUGGGUCUGUCAUUGCUGAAAUCUCAGAAAUUUUAAUCAUAUCAGCUACUGAAAACAAUGUGAUCACAGAUAUUAAUCUAUUGUCUUUUACUUUACUUCAAUAAGCCCUGCCCUUCUGAAUAAUAAUCAAAAUAUUUUAAAACCCAGAGUGUGACACAAGGUAGCCAAAUACUCCUUUACUAAACCACACCUAGCCCCUAAAUCAGAAAUGUUAAUGGAGUUGGAUCCAUCAAUUUCUAGACAAUAAGAGUGGCAAACUGAGCUGGGUGCC